UUCAUUACAGUGCUAAUUUUAUUAGGGUUGAUUAAGUUAGUUUCACUAUUACGUAUGGAUUUACUUUUACAUUUUUUUUUCAACCCGUCCAGUUGGUGGCGGAAAUACACCUUUUGGGGUUGUAGUCCGCCGUAAAAACCCUCAAGAAAGAAGAAGACAAGCGUCUCGUCUGCCGGAAAUUCACACGAAGAAGAAGAAUACGUCAAUGAGAAACAUAGGCUAGUUAACAGUAUUUGAUAAGACACAGCAGUCCGUGGUGUAUGUACCUAGCUAGCUACUAUCCGUGAAUACUUCAAUAUGUCAUAUUAAAUUGUCUUUGUUGAGCGUUUGACUGAAACAGAAGUUUGUGCGUUCACAACGAUACUGACAUUAUAGCCACGGAAAAUUUGCUAACACGCUAGCUAGUGUCAACAAACUGCAAGUGACUAGCGGGUUCAAGUGACCCUGCCCAAAAGCGCGAUGCUGGUAACCGUUUUCUGCGCCCCGAAUGACCGCUCGGAAAUCACAUUUUCUCUCGAUGUGUCUCCAGAGCUUGAACUUAGAGAUUUUGUUGCUCUGUGUGAACUAGAAUCAGGAAUCCCUGCUGGGGAAAUUCAGAUCACAUAUGCAGAGCAGCCUCUGAAAGACCUGACCCGUGCUUUAGGGACCUAUGGACUUAAGGAUGGAGAUGUGGUGGUGCUUAGACAGGCAGACCGAAGGCCACCAACAGCACAAUCAGCCUUCCCAGGUCUCCCACGUAUUGACUUCAGUUCCAUCGCAGUCCCCGGCACUUCUUCUGGUUCCAGUCAACGGUUCACCCGUAGACAGCAGCAACAGGCCCCAACCUCACAACAGCAGCGCUCUCCACCCCCUGCUGCACCCCCAUCCCUACCGGGCUCCGCCUCCUCUCCUCAGGGUCUGGAUGACCCCGCCUUACUGCAGCAGAUGCUCUUGGCCAAUCCACACGAGCUGUCCCUGCUCAAGGAGCGCAAUCCACCAUUGGCUGAAGCCUUAUUGAGUGGAGACCUGGAGCGUUUCACCAAAGUACUGUUGGAGCAGCAGCAGGAUCGGGCUCGCAGAGAGCAGGAGAGGAUCCGACUUCUGACUGCGGACCCAUUUGACAUGGAGGCCCAGGCCAAGAUAGAGGAGGACAUCAGGCAGCACAACGUAGAGGAGAACAUGACCAUUGCAAUGGAGGAGGCCCCAGAGAGCUUUGGCCAGGUGGUUAUGCUCUACAUCAACUGUAUAGUCAACGGGUACCAUGUGAAAGCUUUUGUUGACUCAGGGGCUCAGAUGACCAUCAUGAGUCAGGCGUGUGCCAAGCGCUGUAACAUCAUGCGUCUGGUGGACCGACGGUGGGCUGGCAUCGCCAAGGGAGUGGGCACACAGAAGAUCAUUGGCAGAGUCCACUUGGCUCAGGUCCAGAUAGAAGGGGACUUCCUGCCUUGCUCCUUUUCCAUCCUGGAGGACCAACCUAUGGACAUGCUGCUUGGACUGGACAUGCUCAAGAGACAUCAGGUAACCAUGAUUGAGAGAGGAAGAACAAUGAUUCCAAGCACCACCCUCGUUUUGAAGCUUCCAGUCUGAUAUUCAAACUCAAUCAGCAUGACGGAGUGGUCUCCAGCCUUGUCCUCGUCAACACUCAAACCUGUGUUAACGAGAGAAUCACUGACAUGUCAGCUGGUCCUUUUGUGGCAGGGCUGAAAUGCAGUGGAAAUGUUUUGGGGGGAUUCAGUUCAUUUUUUUGGCAAAGUGGAACUUCGCAAUUUAAUUGCAAUUAAUCUGAUCACUCUUCAUAACAUUCUGGAGUAUAUGCAAAUUGCCAUCAUCAUCAGGCAGCAGAGUUUGUGAAAAGUAAUGUCAUUCUCAACUUUUGGCCACGACUGUACAGUGUAUUCAGACCCCUUGCCCUUUUCCACUUUUUUUUGUUUUUUACAUUAGCCUUAUUUUAAAAUGGAUAAAAAUACAUCCUCAAUCUACUCACACAAUACCCCAGAAUGACAAAGCGAAAACAGGUUUAGAGAUGUUUUCUAAUUUAUUUGGAAAGGCACACACCUGUCUAUAUCAGGUCCCACAGUUGACAGUGCAUGUCAGAGCAAACACCAAGCCAUGAAGUCGAAGGAAUUGUUCGUAGAGCUCCGAGACAGGAUGGUGUCGACGCACAGAUCUGGGGAAGGGUACCAAAAAAUGUCUGCAGCAUUUAAGGUCCCCAAGAACAGUGGCCACCAAGACUCUUCCUUGAGCUGGCUGCCCAGCCGAACUGCGCAAUCGGGGGUGAAGGGCCUUGGUCAGGGAGGUGACCAAGAACCUGAUGGUCACUCUGACAGGGCUCUAGAGUUCCUUCCAGAAGGACAACCAUCUCUGCAGCACUCCACAAAUCAGGCCUUUAUGGAUGUGUGGCCAGAUGGAAGCCACUCCUCAGAAAAAAGCACAUGAGAGCCACCGGAAGGACUCUGACCAUGAGAAACCAGAUUCUCUGGUCUGAUGAAACCAAGAUUGAACUCUUGCCUGAAUGCAAGAGGAAACCUGGCACCAUCACUACAGUGAAGCAUGUCGGUGGUGUCACGAACCGGUUAGUAGCCCAUAACAAGAAGGGAGACAAGAGUUCAAGGAAUAACAAAAAAUAUAUUUAUGAACUAAAGUAAACUAUAUACUAUUAACAAUGGUGUGUGUAGUCAGUAAUCAGUGGUUACGUGCAUAGAUGGUGAUAAUGAGAGGUGUUGAGGUACCAAAAUAAACAAGCCACAAAAUGCCACAACCAAAAAUAGUGUCUGCGUGGACAGUGUCUCCUCAGUUAAUAGGGGAAAGGUGUAUUUAUCCCCGGGACACACUCGAGUCCAUUUCGCUGAUGACCCUCCCGGCUCCGCCCACCGACAUCCUAUUAAGGAAAAUGAGAGCAAAGAGAGAAUUCGGCAGACAGUGGGAGGGUCGUCAGUGGCAGCAUCAUGCUGUGAGGAUGUUUUUCAGUGGCAGGGACUGAGACUAGUUAGGAGCAAGGGAAAGAUGAACGGAGCAAAAUACAGAGAUCCUUGAUGAACCUGCUCAGGACCUCGGACUGGGGCAAAGUUUCACCUUCCAACAGGACAACGACCCUAAGCACACAGCCAAGACAAUGCAGGAAUGGCUCCGGGACAAGUCUCAGUGUUCUUGAGUGGCCCAGACUUGAACCCUAUCAAACAUCUCUGGAGAGACCUGGAAAUAUCUGUGCCGCGAUGCUCCUCAUCCAACCUGACAGAGCUUGAGAAGAUCUGCAGAGAAGAAUGGGAGAAACUCCCCAAAUACAAGUGUGCCAAGCUUGUAGUGUCAUACCCAACUAGGCUCGAGGCUGUAAUUGCUGUCAAAGGGGCUUCAACAAAGUACUGAGUAAAGGGUCUGAUUACUUAUGUCAAGGUCAUUUCAGCUUUUUUUCUUUUUUUUUGUAGAUUGAGGGGGGAAAACGAAUCAAUUUUAGAAUAAGGCUGUAACAUAACAAAAUGCGGAAAAAGAAGGGGUCUGAAUACAUCCUGAUAACAUCCUAACUAAUCCGUGUUUAAACUACUGUUCUGUCUAUAUAUUCUGUCUAUCCUGCUACCUCAGUGUUCCAUUGACCUGAAAAAGAACACGUUGCUGAUCGGGACAACGGGCACUGAGACCCGCUUCCUGCCUGAGGCGGAGCUGCCAGAGUGU